UCAUAGGAAGCGACGUGCUCCAGAGGGUGUCAUCUGACUCUAUUUUGGUUCAACACAGGGGGAUUUUGCCGUUGUAAAUGAAUUGAACAUUUGAGCCAUCAUGUCGAUUAGUAGGCACAGUGGCCUAUUAGUGUUCGUAAGUUGACCACUAUUUCCUGGACACAAGUUGGACAGACUGCAUUAUCAAGGAGUGAAAGGAUGGUGCGGGUGGUGUUUCUCCACCCAGACCUGGGUAUAGGUGGUGCAGAGAGGCUGGUGGUGGAUGCAGCUGUAGCUCUACGCUCUCGCGGCUGCAGUGUUCAGAUCUGGACGGCCCACCAUGAUCCCACACACUGCUUCUCAGAGACACUGGACCCAGACCUGAACGUGGUGUGUGUUGGUGACUGGUUGCCCACCAGUGUGUUUGGGUACCUGCAUGCCCUGUGUGCCUACCUCAGGAUGAUCUACGUAGCUCUCUACCUGGUCUUCCUCAGUGGAGUAGAGUACGACGUGGUCUUCUGUGAUCAGGUGUCGGUGUGUAUCCCAGUCCUGAGGUUGUCUCGUCAGAAGAAAAAGGUUCUGUUCUACUGUCAUUUCCCAGACCAGCUCCUGACCCAGAGAGGCUCAGCUCUGAAAAAGCUCUACCGCGCCCCCAUAGACAGACUGGAGGAACUCACCACUGGCAUGGCUGAUAUGGUGCUGGUGAACAGUUGUUUCACCGCAGUGGUCUUUAGGGAGACCUUCCGUUCCCUGGAUGGGGUCCAGACUGACGUCCUCUAUCCCUCCCUCAACACACACAGCUUUGACAGCCCCCCUGAGGAGCAGCUAGAGCAGGGUCUGGGGGGCUUGAUCCCUGAAGGUGUGUCCUGCCUCUUCCUGUCUCUGAACCGCUAUGAGAGGAAGAAGAGCCUGGGUCUGGCCCUGGAGGGCCUCUCUUCCCUGAAGACCCGCCUCGCCACAGGGGACCAGGCAGGAAUCCACCUGGUGGUGGCAGGGGGGUACGACGGCCGUGUUGCUGAGAAUGUCCAGCACUAUGCUGAGCUGAAGGAGCUAGCAGCACGGCUGGGAUUGGAGGACUCUGUCACCUUCCUGCGCUCUCCCUCAGACAGCCAGAAGGUGGCGCUGUUGCGGGGCAGUGCAUGCGUCCUCUACACGCCCAGCAGAGAGCACUUUGGGAUAGUGCCAGUGGAGGCCAUGUACUGCUGCUGUCCCGUCAUUGCUGUGAGGUCUGGAGGGCCUCUGGAGAGUGUAGGUGACGGGGAGACGGGCUUCCUGUGUGAGCCCACGGCCGAGGCCUUCUCCCUGGCCAUGGAGAAGCUGUUCAGAGACCCCCAGCUCCGCAGGGACAUGGGCCAGGCCGGCAGAAGGCGGGUUCAGGAGAAGUUCUCCCUGGAGGCCUUCUCAGACCAGCUGCACGGGUACAUCCUCAGGCUGACCCAGUGACACCUCUGCUGGAGCAGUAACUGGGCUGGGGUGCGUUAGCGGAGCAGCUUUCGGUAAAAGUCGCCCUUAGACACAUCUAGAUCAGCUUACCUUCUCUCAAUCCCUGCCUAAAUCCUAACCAAAGAAUGGAGAACUGACCUGAGAUCAGCAUCUCAUUGGUGCAUUUUCAUCCUACUGCAACUAUAGCCAGGUAGAGGUGGAUGGACUAGAUAUGUAGGGAUAAAAUAUGGUUACUGAGGACUGGAGGACAGACUGGGGAGAGGUAAUGUAGAGGUACGCUGACUGAGGAGGACUCUAGACAAUUAGUCAUUGUUCCUCCAGGAGGGGUUACUGAGGACUGGAUUACAGACUGGGGAGGGGGGGGGGGUAAUCUAGAGGUACGCUGACUGAGGAGGACUUUAGACAAUUAGUCAUUGUUCCUCCAGGAGGGGUUGCUGAGGGAAUGGAGGGAUGGAAUCUCAGCUCCAAUUAACAAAAGAGUAAGGACUUUACCCAUACUGCCCCGGGGCCUCUCGUAACAAUACCAGCACCGGCCCUUGGUUCCAGAAGUGUGUGUGUGUGAGGGGGUGACCAGGGGCUUAAUGAACCAGAGCUACAAAACCACUAGGAUGGGUCUGUAGUGUGAUAGACGUGCUGCUGUGUGUUUGCGCAUGCCACCGAGCGCCAUUAGCCAGUUGGCAGCCACAGAUCGAUCAGCAGGAUGUUUGCCACUUCCUCUGCCCUUUCAGACCUUGGUUACUUUUCACAAUGAGGGAAUGUUUGGCCUGUACAUUGCUGUUGCUGUCGGUCUCUGGGUUAUUAGGAGAUGAUGCUGUGUGUUGGUCAUUAUGUGUGUGUAGUAUAGAAGGUCAUGUUGUCUGCUGGUCAGUCUGUGUUACUAACCUCUAGAAGAGCUCUUAUUGACAUUCCUCAAGUCUUAAUAAAACAGUCAGAGGACACAUAUCUGGUUUACCAACUC